AUGCCAGAAACGGCGAAAGCGCAAGCUACGCUAGGGCCGGAAGAUUUGGAAAAAUUACCUUCAAAUAUGGAAUUCUACGAUAAAUUUAACAAGGAACUCGGUAACUCUAGAGGUUGUAACUGGCUUGCUGGAAUAGACAGUGCAUUGGCACGGUAUGAUAAAGUUAAAGGUCAUGUUGGUAAAAUUGCUAGUGGUUUCUGUUAUGUAUCAAACAUGGAAAUGAACGAACAAUCACUCUAUCAGGAUCGUUGCAACUUUUUGAAUUAUUGGAUAAUGAGUUUAUUGCCGAAGGAUUUGGACAGUACUACGAUCGAAGAAAUCAUAAAUGCAAUUGACGGGGAAUUGCAAAAAUUGAAAACUGAAAAAGAUUGCGAACUUGUGGAAAGCAGUAUGGACAUAAAUAUUAUAAGUAAGAGGAAAACCAUCUUCGACUAUUGGCAUGAUCAUAAGAAAAUACAAGCACUGUUGGAGAGUAGGGGGCCUACCUGUGGUUUAACAUGUGGCAAUUACCUGAGGGAUCUUAUUUCAACAUAUGAGAGUGUAAGUGCAGAUUGUAAUGGAGUUUCUCAGCAUGAUGAAUAUUGUAAAGAAUUUAAAGAAAAGUUCAAUAAUGGUGAGAAAAAAAUUCCGCAACCCUCAGAAUUAAAAUGUACUUCAGCACAAGCAUCGGAAACUGAAGCAAUAAUACGGGCGAAAGAAGCAGUGAAGAAAAAAUGCCAGGGUAAACUACCUUCGGGACAAAUAUACUGUGAGCUUAAUGAGACGAAUGAUGAAUGUAGUGAUAGUUCCGCAGGGACAAUAAAGCAUAAAUUGAAGGCAGAUAAUGAUACUAAGCAAUAUGCAGAUCAAAUUGUACAAGGCUGGUGUCACGCACCCAAAAUGGAGGAAAGCAUUCUUCCGGGAAGUGAGCGCUGUAAAUUUUUAUACUAUUGGCUAGGGGAUACAUUAUUGAGCGGACUGAAUGAUGAUAGUAAAUUUUCGGACGUUAUGAAAGUAACCUAUGGCAAUUUGAAGGACUUGGGGAUUAAUGAAGAAUGCACCAAUAUAUACGAAAGUAUGAGUAAAGAAAUUUUCGAAGAAAUGAAAAAUGUAUAUAAUUAUUCCCGUGACCACAAAACUAUAAAAGAAUGUAUAGAAGGUCCCGACGCUCCUAAGUCUAAGUGUACUGGGGGUGAUGUCAAUUACCUGGACAAAGUUCUUUCAGCCUAUAAGGACAUGGAUAGACAUUGUAAAGAUGAUACUACUGAUAUUAAGUACUGUGGAGAAUAUAGGAAAAUGGUAGCUACACAUACUCUUCAGAACCUACUAAAAUUAAAGUGUUCUUUAAAAUACACAUCAGAUUGUACAAAUAUCCCAGCUGCUAUAUUGGGCACACUAGGUACGAUAAGUCUACCAGCAGCUGUCGCUUUCUUCCUUCAUAAGACAAUUCUACCCUAUAUAACGAACGACCACCACCACGCGCUGGAAGAAGAACAGAAAAUAGCAGACAACCUGAACAACAAAGGAAGAAGAGAAAUAUACAUUAUCAACCUAUAUCUAAAGAUUGAAUGGAAAAAUUGA